AUGAGCUUCGCUCGUCCGGCCAGAUGUCUGUUCUGCAGCUUCUCCCGCGCUGCCACCCCCGUCUCUCGCGUGCCUCGUCGCCAAUUCCACCUCUCGCCGGCUCAAUUCUCCGAUCGCAAACCCGGAAUCUCCAAUAAUGAACCGCCUACGGAAGGAAAGACCCUGCAGGAGAUCAAACGUGGACUGAAGCCGGAGGACUUCCAGCCGUACUCGGAGGAGGAAAAGAAGGCCCUAUCGGAGGAGUACACCCCCGAGCAGAUGGCCGCCGUGGAGGCCGGUGAAGCCGCCAUUGACCCCAAGGACAUGGCGGACCAGUUUGGCGUGCGUCGCGAUCCCAUGACGCUCCGUUACCUGGAUGAUCUCUCAGUCAUCGAGCCCGGCGUGGACAGACACGUCCGCGCACCCAAGUCUCACUCCGACUACAACGUGGCCCUCAAGAACGACGAUGACUUCGCGAAGGACUUUGCCCAAUACUUUGCCGAAAUGCCCGACAAUGUCAACGUGGGGGAAUGGGUGAAGUUCCUGGAGACCCUCCGGGUGACCAAGGGCAAGGAGGAGAACGAAUUGAACCCCCACAGUGCGCUGGUCCCCGAUUUUUUUCAGCCCGGAGAGACCUUGACGAGCGAGAAGCCCGAUGAGCGCCCGAAGAUCUUUGAAUUGGAAAGGCCGGGGUCUCAGAACAAGGAGUCCGAUAGCAUGACGGAUGCUUUGAAGAACCUGGUGCUGUCCACCGGCUACUCUCCGGGGGAGAUCCGGGGGUUAAAAACGAAGAUUCUUGUCCAACACUCCGUCACCAACCAGACUCGUCUGGGUAAGAUCCGAAGUAUCUAUGUUCUCUCCGUCGCCGGUAACGCCAAUGGUCUCUUGGGAGUUGGCGAGGCCAAGUCCGAUGAAGCGAGUGACGCCCAAACCCAGUCUCAAUACCGGGCCAUCCGAAACAUGCAGCCCAUCCCACGGUACGAGAACCGAACUAUCUUUGGUGACGUGAAGGGCAAGGUGGGAGCUACCGAGCUGCAGUUGAUGACUAGACCCCCUGGCUUCGGUCUCCGCUGCCAGCAUCUGAUCUUCGAAAUGUGCCGCGUCGCCGGUAUCCAGGAUAUGGCCGCGCGUGUCGGUCGUUCGCGAAACCCCAUGAACACGGUGAAGGCUGCCUACCAGGCCCUGAUGAGCCAGCGCGAUCCGGAAGAGAUUGCCCGAGCCCGCGGAAAGAAGCUGGUGGACGUGCGCAAGGUCUACUACUCCGGACAUGCCUGA